AUGUCACCGACGUCCGCCUCUCCAACCGACGAGCCAUCCGCCGUCGACCACUACACGCUUCACAUGUUCCCUUUCAGUUUAUACUCCAUCAUGUCACGCUUCACAUACAUACUUGGCAAAUCACACCUGCCCACAGAUGCCCCAUUGAUCCAUCAAUCCCGCCUGGACCUCAAGCUCGUCAACCUCCACCGCUACGGAAACAUCUCAGAAGAAUACCCCAAGAUCAACCCCAAGGGCCAAGUAUACACAUACACAUACUCCACCACAACCGACACUCAAAACUACAGCUAA